AUGGAGGGUGAUGUGAACAAGAUGUUUAAGAAAAAAGCUAGUGCAAAGAUUCGAAAUUUUGUGACUCGUGCCAAAAAGCUUUUGAAAAGGCCCUCACAUGUAACCGUAGAAGACUGGGCGGUAAUGAAAAUUAAUUUUGAUGAUCAUAAGUACAUUAAAAAAUGCAACAAAGCUCAGGGUCACAGACAAAAGUAUAAAAUCGAUGGUGGGGCUUCAUAUUGUGGAGGGUCAAUAAACGCAAACGAACAUCGACGGAGAUUGACCAUGGAACUUGGAAGACCACCAACCAUGCUGGAAUUAUUCACUAGAACUCAUAAAAAGAAAGAUGGGAGUUGGAGCGGGGACAUGGCUGCAAAAGUAGCGAAAUCGUUUAAAGAACUCUAUAAAACACAAGAAACUGUAGUAAAUGAAAAGAAAUCAGAAGAAGAAAUGUGGGUUGAAGCAGCCGGUGGACCCACAAAUGGUCGCGUUUUAGGUUUGGGGUACGUGGGUAAGAAACUUAUGUUAGACCAAGGCUCCUCCACGAGCAAAGAUAAUUUAGAAGGCUUGAGAAUGAAGAAGUCAGUGGCAAAUUUACAAUUGAAAAGUGAUGAGAAAGAUGAAGAAAUUGCAAAACUGAAAGAAGUACUCGAAAAACAGCGCGAUGCAAUUAAAGUGCAGGAUUUACAACAACAGAUUGAAACUAAAGAAAAGGCGUGUUUGCAAACGCAGAUUGAUGUGCUUGGAGACCUUGUUGAGGCAUUGCAUAAUUCUAAGAUUCUCAUGAGUCAGAAUCUUCCAAGUUCAUCACAAUGA